GACGUCAACAUGGCCGUCCGCGGUAGCGGCGCGGUCUUUCGCUUCGAGUUUUGGCCGGGGCGGGGGUCGGGGCUUUAGGCAGGUAGUAUUUAGUUUCACAAUGUUUGGGGACCUGUUUGAAGAGGAUUAUUCCAGUGUGUCAAAUGAUCAUUAUGGAAAAGGGAAGAAAUUAAAGACCAAAGCUUUGGAGCCACCUGCGCCUAGAGAAUUCACCAAUUUAAGUGGAAUCAGAAAUCAGGGUGGAACCUGUUACCUCAAUUCCCUUCUUCAGACUCUUCAUUUCACACCUGAAUUCAGAGAAGCUUUAUUUUCUCUUGGCCCGGAAGAGCUUGGUUCGUUAGAGGAUAAGGAUAAACCUGACGCAAAGGUCCGAAUCAUACCUUUGCAGUUACAGCGGUUGUUUGCACAGCUUCUGCUCUUAGACCAGGAAGCUGCGUCCACCGCAGACCUCACUGACAGCUUUGGGUGGACCAGUGAUGAGGAAAUGAGGCAACAUGAUGUACAGGAACUGAAUCGAAUUCUCUUUAGUGCUUUGGAAACUUCUUUAGUUGGGACCUCCGGCCAUGACCUCAUCAAUCGUCUAUAUCACGGAACCAUUGUUAACCAGAUUGUUUGUAAAGAAUGUAAGAAUGUCAGUGAAAAGCAGGAAGACUUCUUAGAUCUCACAGUAGCGGUCAGAAAUGUAUCAGGUUUGGAAGAUGCACUCUGGAACAUGUAUGUGGAAGAGGAAGUUUUUGACUACGACAACUUGUACCACUGUGGGACUUGUGACAGGCUGGUUAAAGCAGCAAAGUCGGCCAAAUUGCGUAAGCUGCCUCCUUUUCUUACUUUUUCAUUAUUAAGAUUUAAUUUUGAUUUUGUGAAGUGUGAACGAUACAAGGAAACAAGCUGUUACACGUUCCCUCUCCGGAUCAAUCUCAAGCCAUUUUGUGAACAGAGUGAAUUAGAUGACUUGGAAUAUAUGUAUGACCUCUUCUCAGUUAUUAUACACAAAGGUGGUUGCUACGGAGGCCAUUAUCAUGUGUAUAUUAAAGAUGUAGAUCAUUUGGGAAACUGGCAGUUUCAAGAGGACAAAAGUAAUCCAGAUGUGAAUUUGGAAGAUCUUCAAAAUGAAGAAGAGAUUGAUGAUCCAUUGAUGAUUCUAAAAGCAGUCUUGUUACAGGAGGAGAGUAAUCUAAUUCCUGUUGAUCAGCUGGGCCAGAAACUCUUGAAAAAGAUAGGAAUAUCUUGGAAUAAGAAGUAUAGAAAACAGUAUGGACCACUGCGAAAGUUUUUACAGCUUCAUUCUCAGAUAUUUCUGCUCAGUUCAGAUGAAAGUACAGUUAGUCUGUUGAAGGACUCUCCUCUCCAGGCUGAGUCUGAUAUACGAAGAAAUGAUCAACAACUUUUGAAGACACUUACUUCAGAACCCCCAGGAUUAAAUGAUAGACCCUCCUGUCCCCACUGGUUUGAUAUAAACGAUUCCAAAGUCCAGCCAAUUAAGGAAAAGGAUAUUGAACAGCAAUUUCAGGGUAAAGAAAGUGCCUACAUGUUGUUUUAUCGGAAAUCCCAGUUGCAGAGACCCCCUGAAGCUCGAGCUAACCCAAGAUACAGGGUUCCAUGUCAUUUGCUGAAUGAAAUGGAUGCAGCCAACAUUGAACUACAAAUACAAAGGGCAGAGUGUGAUUCUACAAACAAUAAUUUUGAAUUGCGUCUCCACCUCGGCCCUCAUUAUCAUUUCUUCAAUGGGGCUCUGCACCCAGUAGUCUCUCAAACAGAAAGCAUGUGGGAUUUGACCUUUGAUAAAAGAAAAACUUUAGGAGAUCUUCGACAAUCAAUAUUUCAGCUGUUAGAAUUUUGGGAAGGAGAUAUGGUUCUUAGUGUUGCAAAGUUUGUACCAGCAGGACUUCAUGUUUACCAGACACUUGAUGGAGAUCACCUGACACUGUGUGAAAUUGAAAUUGCUGAUGGGGAAGACAUCUUUGUAUGGAAUGGAGUGGAGGUUGGCGGAAUCCAGAUUCCAGCUGGUAGUGACUGUGAACCUCUGCUUUUAAAUGUUCUUCAUCCGGCGACAAGCAGUGAAGAAGAGCAGUGUCAGCAGUUGAUAGACUCUCCAUAUGUCUUUCCAUCUAAUGCAGAAAUAGGUAGUGUAUUCACAGCCUGUGCAAUCCCAGACGGAGUCAUCUUAGUCAACAGUGCUGAGUCUGUAGGUGAAGAGAGCUGGACCACCAUUCCCAAGGAAGACUUGAAGAAGACCUUCAGAGAACAAGGUCUCAGAAAUGGAAGCUCAAUUUUAAUUCAGAAUUCUAAUGAUGGUGACAGUUUGUUGACCAAACGAGGGAAGUGGAUCACCAGUGUGAAUGAGGUUGACUGGCUCCAAGUUAAAAAUUUAUGCCAAUUAGACUCUGGAGAAGAACAAGUUAAAAUAUCAGCAACUGUUAACACAGUGGUGUUUGAUAUUCGAAUUAAAGCCAUAAAGGAAUUAAAAUUAAUGAAGGAACUAGCCGAGGACAGCUGUUUGAGGCCUAUUGAUAGAAACGGGAAGCUUCUUUGUCCAGUGCCAGACAAUUAUACUUUGAAGGAAGCAGAAUUGAAGAUGGGGAGUUCAUUGGGACUGUGUCCUGGAAAAGCACCAACUUCUUCUCAGCUGUUCCUGUUUUUCGCUGUGGGGAGCGAUGUUCAGCCUGGGACAGAGAUGGAGAUCAUAGUAGAAGAAACAAUAUCUGUGAGAGAUUGUUUAAAGGUAAUGCUGGAGAAAUCUGGCCUAUCAGGAGACGCAUGGCAUUUACGAAAAAUGGAUUGGUGCUAUGAAGCUGGGGAGGCUUUAUGUGAAGAAGAUGCAGCACUGAAAGAGCUUAUGCUCUCUUCUGGAGACACUUUGCUUUUAAUUGAAGGAAAACUUCCUCCUCUGGGUUUCCUGAAGGUGCCCAUCUGGUGGUACCAGCCACGGGGUCCCUUGCAUCACUGGAAGAGUCAUCAGGACCAGACAAACUGUACCUUUUCUCAAGGCGGGGUCUGGAGAGCUAAUUCCAUCCAAGAUGCUCCCAGUGACGCGCAUGCAGAAGUUUCCCUCCGCUACUUGGGAGACGUUGAAAUCUCAGAAGAUGCUACGUUGGUGGAGCUGAAGUCUCAGGUCAGCCUUCCUCCUGCAGCGCGUACCUUACUGGUGAUCUGGCUGCUUCCAGCCAUGACCUUGCCCUCCUUCUCGGAGUUUUCCAUCCCAUCGCCUGCCUUCCUUAGAGCCUGGACGGUGGAAAGUAGGCGCCCCGGCAGGCUCUUACGAGUCCACUGUCAGCGGCUCAGGGAAUAUAAAUUGGGACAGAGAACUGAGAUCUGCUUAGAGCCCCUUCAGAAAGAAGAAAACUUGGGGACAUUCUUUUAUAAGACAUUUUUGUCAGUAAAACCAAAUACUAAGAUUCUUUUACCUGAUGUGACACGAUGAUUCUUGUUGUCCUCCUGUCGCAUGACAACUCUACUCUGUCAACCGUGUGACCUUCAUUUUAUCCCACUGCUUCAUAAAACUGCAUUCUUAAUGCAAAUUGUAUUACUGGGAAUAGUUUCCUGGAGGGGAGUUUCUGGAUCAAAUGGUAUGGACAUUUUAAACCUCUUAUUUGUUAAAUUCCUUUCCAGGUAAGUUAUACCAUUACGUUUCCACAAGCUGUGUUUCUAAGUAUUUAUUUCACCUCACCAUCAAACCAUCAUUGAAUGCUGUCAUUGUUUAAAUGUUUGCUAAAUUGAUAAAUGAAAAAUGGUUAUCUUGUCUCAUCUAGUAAGAUUAGGGCGUUUGUUGAAAGGCUUGUAAAGCAUUUGUAUUUUGUGAGUGAGUGAAUUGUUUCAUAUAUUUUGCCUGUUUUAUUUGGGGUCUUAGAAAAAAGUCUAAUUUGUGUGAGCUCUUUCUAUAAUAUAGAUUAUAUUACAUAAUAUAAACGGACCCUCUGUCAUGUCUGUUGUGAGCAGUGUCCUUUUGAAGACCAUGCUGUGCACUUUCUCAGCCCCCUUCCCUGCUUCUGUCCUUGACUGACCUCCGGAGCACUCUUGCCCCCGCUCAGUGAGGACCCUGGCUCCUCGUGGUCUUCACCCAGACUCUGUCACCUCCUUGGCAGCUCCUGCAUCUACACUGACCACAGUUUGUAUGCUCUGGGACCUCAGCUCUGCUCACUGACCUCAGCAACACCUACACCCUCUCAAAAAUUCCUUCUUGACCACAGUCCCCCGCUUUCAGUCCAAUCUCCUAAUUCACUGGGCCCUCGCUCUCCCUGCGUUGCCUGUUUCCUCCAAUUGUGUUACCCUUUCUUUUGAUAAAAACACUAGUAUAAUAGAGAUACAGCAUUAAAAUCGUUCAUUGUCUCACCAAGUUUUCAUUUCUCCUCUCCACCUUCCAGUUCUUAUCUGUAGCUUUUAUUUCACAUCCUAUCUAAAACAGUCUCCAUACGUCUAAAUUUCUUUCCGACCUUUCUGAAUGUUUCUCCUCUUUCUCUUCCUUCACGGACCUCGUAUCUGUGCUCAUCCCCUGCAAAGGUUUCCUUUGCUCUUAAACUACACCCACCAUCUUCUCUUCCUAACUCUAAGCCCUCCACUUCUUCUCCCUGGCUAAGUUUUCUGCCAGCUUCACAGAUUCUGGUUCUGAAAUCAGCGUUUCCUAGGAAGUCGCCGUAGCAGGAAACCCCUCUUCCCCUUCAUCACCGGGAUAGCCCUGCCGGCCCUUUCAGCUCUGUCUCCAGUCCUCUUCCCUCCGUGCCCCACUGAGGAACUUCUUCCUCCGCCUUCAGCCUUGCCUGCUGCCUCCCCAGGGACCCAGCUGUGCACUCAGAAUGGGAGCUCACCUCCAUUCUGGGUCAGGACUGAAGAAAAUCAAAGUAAAGGUUUCCCACUAGCAUUCAGGGUUUAAGGAAAAUCUCUCCUUAUAAAAAAACUCAGAAGAGUCAGAGGAGAAGCUGUGCCGUUCCCAGCUGCUGUGGUUAUUGCAUGCUUGCCGUUUUGCUGUAAAUCUGACGUGCGACUGUUUCUGCCGCAGCCCCCAGCACGUGCUGCUGAGGACACAGAUGCGCCUCCCUGGCAAGAGGGCGUAUACCUUGCCCGUGGACCUGGUGUGGGACACUGCCCGAGGCUGGACGGCCGGCUCCCU